UCAUGACACUCGUGAUUAUGGCGAUCGUCAGACGAAAGAGAGCAGUGUUGUGCAAAGAAUAAUCGUUUACAGAGUGAAAACGGCAAUUAUCACGAGGUAAGGAACGACAGACGCGAAUUCGACUCCUUGCCCAUUUCUCGUCACGAGUCGAUGGUCCCGAAUUAGUGCUCCGGCUAUUACGUUCAUAAAUCACGGGGUCACAAUGACUGUCCUUUCCUCCAGCCAUACCUGAGUACAAUAAUAGAUUUGGCUGGAACCUGCAGCUUGAUUAAAUAAGUGGUAUUGUGUCUCGAAGUGGCUCCACCAGUGGCAUUUCUACAUCGCGAUCGCGUACAGUGGAUUUUUUCUCGACUAAAUCGAUAUGGAGAGCCAACAGUUUUGUUUACGAUGGCACAACUUCCAAAAUACACUUUUGAGCUCUCUUCCAAAAUUGCUCGAUGGUGGUUACUUAACUGAUGUCACACUGAGUGCUGGCGGGAGACAUAUUCAUGCUCAUAGAAUUAUACUCUCAGCUUGUAGUUAUUAUUUUAAAGAACUAUUUAAGGAUUUAAGUUCUUUGCAACAUCCUGUCAUUGUGUUACCAGGCAUGGAAUAUGCAAAUUUGUGUGCUCUAGUCAAAUUUAUGUAUAAUGGAGAAGUGAAUAUUUACCAGGAACAAUUACCUGCGCUUUUAGCUAUGGCUGAUACAUUACAUAUCUGUGGAUUAGCUAAUAUAGCUGGGAGAAAUUCCAGACAUGACAACGGCCAAUAUAUACAGCCAUCGACUGUAAUGCAACAUCAGAAGAAAACAUUGAAUGAAGAGACAGUAAAGAUCGAGCCGAAAGAUAAUUCAGUGACCACAGAAUCGUCAGAAUCAAUGUCAGCGCCGCUGCCGGAAGUGAUGGAUAAUUUAGACGACGAAGAGCCUUGCAACGAUCAAGAAAGUAUACCGUAUUGUGUGAAGACGAAACCUUAUUACUCUAUAAACGCGAAACUAAACCAAAGAGAGAAAACUGUUCCUGUUAAUGUGUCUGCUAAUAAGUAUAUCGAUAAGGGAUACUCGGAGAAUGUAGUGGACGAAACUGCGUCUGUAGUCGAGGAACCAAUAACGCCUGUAGAGGAUAUAAAAUCACCGCCAGCUGCAUGGGACACGAACUUCAAGUUGCUCACGGCAUUCGGAUCCGGCAAGACAUCCCAGACUUACAACAAAUCUAGUGUCACCUGUCUCAUUUGUGGUAAACAGCUGAGCAAUCAGUACAACUUGCGGGUGCACAUGGAAACACAUAGCAAUAGUUCGUACAGCUGCACAGCGUGUUCACACGUGUCACGAUCGCGAGACGCGCUCAGGAAACAUGUAUCGUACAGGCAUCCAGUGGCUUCUUCGCAAAAACGUCCACGUUAUAGUACGUCAAAGCCACCACUGUGAUGGUGAAGUCACUAUUGUGUUACUAUAGAUACUUUAACCCUCGCUAGGCUAUUUCUCUCUCUCUUUACCAAAAAUGUAAAUUUUUCGUACAAUUAGAAAGAAAAAGAUGAAAAAAGAAACCAAAUAUUUUAUUAAAUAUACAUAUUAAAUAUGUAAAAGUAAAUAUAUCAAAUAUAUAAAAAUAAACCCGUUUUGACAUAUUAGAUACGUUGAAUUAGGGAAUAACUUAGCAAAACAAAACUAAUGGUACCUCAAUUAUCCGUAAGAGCAGCUCUGGACUGAUUAAUGAUAAGACGUAACAUCUUACUUCGUUAAGUGUACAAAACGACAAAGUAAAGUGUGAUCAUGUUCCUGAAGCCCCUUAGUGUUCGAAUUGUUAUCGUUUUCUUGUUAUUGUUACAUCGUUUUAAUAAAGACAAGUUUAAUGACUA